AUGCUAUGCCUUGGUCUGAUAUCCCGCUUUGAUAUUGUACCUCGAACGAUUGCCCUGCUUUCCUUGAUCCUGAACCUCUUGUUGCUCCUUGGCUGUGAUAAAGCUCAUGCUAGACUCGUUUCGGGUGUGUGUGCCAAGUUUCCUGUCCUCGGCGCCCUGAGCCACACCUCACGCCACGCCUCGCUCUCGUUUCACAAGUCACACUUGAUCAUGAUGGGAAUUACCUGCGUCCUGGGCCAAAGUCGACAGAAAUUCCCAUCCCAACUCAUUAUUCCCGACUUCGCCACUGACCUGACGCCUCAGUAUGACGUCACCAGCCCCGACAGCAUUGGCUCCCGUCCCCAGGGUCUCCGAGAGUUAAUCUCUGCGCUACUCGCAGAUCCCGCACACCAUCCGAUGAUCUACUGCUGA